UCAACUGAAUUUAUUGCUAAAAAGAAGGAGUUGCAUGUCAAGUCAGCUAAGAGAUUGCUACGUUUAUGCUCGGAAAACAAGGGUAUAUAUGUUAAACUUGGACAACAUAUUGCUUCACUUUCAGGAUUCCUUCCAGAUGAAUAUAUUGAAACACUUUCAGUUAUGAGAGAUAGAGCUCCAACAAUUUCUUUUGAGGAAGUAAAGAAGAUUGUUUAUCAAGAUUUUGGAAAAACAGUUGAGGAAUUAUUUGAAUAUUUUGAUCCAACACCAAUUGCCAGUGGGUCAAUAGCUCAAGUACAUAGAGCUAGAACAAAAGAAGGUCAGUCUGUAGCUGUAAAGGUUCAAUAUCACUAUGUGAGAUUCUUUUUUGCUGGUGAUAUGUACACUAGAGAUGCUGCAACUAAAUUAAGCAUAAGAUUAUAUUACAUGCAAGAAGAUUCCAAGAGCAUUGAUGAAUUACUUGAAGUUAAUCAACAAUUUAGUGAUGAAAUCAAGAGCAGUCUUAAUUCAGAGCUUGAUUUCUUACAUGAAGCCGAAAAUGCCAAGAUGGCAGCUCAAAGAUUUGGUACUUCAAGACCAGAUGUCUAUAUACCAAAAAUCUAUGAUGAUUACACUAGCUCAAGAGUUUUAACAAUGGAAUUCAUUGAUAAUGCAUGCAACUCAAAUGACAUAAAGAGAAUUAGAGCUAUGGGAUUUGAUGAAGGUGAUGUCGCAGCUAGAAUCAUUUCUGCGUUUGCAGAGCAACUGUUUAUUCACGGACACAUGCAUGCAGAUGCACAUCAAAGUAAUGUUAUGGUAAAGCAAAACCCAAAUAAUCCAUCAGAACCACAAAUCGUCAUCUUAGACCAUGGUUUAUACAAAGAUUUGGAUGACCAUUUCAGAAUUAACUAUGCUAAAUUCUGGGUCAGCAUAGUUUUAAACGAUAAAAAGGGCAUGGAUGAUUAUUGUAAAUCCAUUGGCAUCAAAGAUUACAGACUAUAUACCUCAAUGAUUAUGUUGCAAGGUCUGGAUCAAAAUGGAGACUUGAGUGCAGCAUUUGAACAGCAAAUUACUGAAGAAGAUUUUGAAAAAUUCAGUAAGCUCUUUGAGUCUAGAAGGGCUGAAUUUAUGGACAUUUACAGAAAUAUGCCAAAAGAAAUGUUGCUCAUCUCAAGAACCGAUAACAUUCUUAGAUCUUUAAAUAGAGAGCUUGGCGCUAAGGUGAAUAGAUUUUCUGUUAUGGCUAGAUGUGCUGCCAAAGGAGUAUCUGUUGAAAAUUACCAAGAUUUGAACACAUGGUCUCAAAAAUUCAAAUUCUGGAGAAGUCAACUCUAUUUUGAGUUUAGAUUGUUUAUAAUGGCUGUUCAAUCAUGGUUUAUAUCAGUA